AGCGAGCAGCGAGUCCAAACAGUCCGAACAGUCCGAACAGCUCGCUUCUGUCGGCGCAAGUCCCCCUGAAACAGGAGGAACCAGCAGUCGUCCACCCGUGUAUGAAGACAAGUCGGAGGCAGCUAUGUCUUCAGCGGUGGAUCUCAAGACCAAGGAGGAGAAGGAUGCGGAGCUGGACAGACGAAUCGAAGCUUUGAGGAAGAAGAACGAAGCUCUGGUCAAGAGGUACCAGGAAAUAGAGGAAGACAAGAAGAAGGCGGAGCAGGAAGGCAUCGCCGUGACGACGCCUCGCAAGCCCCGCCCCCACGAGCCGGAGACGGACAGGCGGAAGACGGAGAAGGAAAACUUCACCGUCACGGUCGACCUCUCCAAAGCCGCGGGGGACAAGAGAGUCGUGAAUGACUGGAAACCGGGAACUCCUCGCGGCCGCAAGUCGUCGGAGGAGAGCGACGGCCACAGAGGGCAGAGCGACGGCCGCAGCCCCCCCAGGAGGACGGGUUCUGGACGGGUGGGUCGGGGAGGUCAGCGAGGAGGUGGAGGAGGAGGAGGAGGAGGAGGAGGUGGUGGAGGUGGUGGAGUAGGAGGAGGAGGAGGUGGUGGUGGUGGAUUAGGAGGUGGAGGUCGCCCAGAGAGGAGAGACCGGGAACCCAGGACACCCAGAGAUGGAGAACCCGGUGAGGCGGGAGUCCAGGGACGCAGAGGAGGACGGAGAGGACGAGGAGGAGAAGGAACACCGGGCGGGAUGGACAGGAAGUCCAAGGAAUGGGAGGAGAAGCGGCGACAAAACAUCGAGAAGAUGAACGAAGAAAUGGAGAGAAUAGCAGAGUACGAGCGAGGACAGCGGGUGGACGGAGACAAACCGAUCCGCAACUUCCUGGACGACCCGAGACGUUCGGGUCCAGCGCCAGACAUAGACCGCAAGGAGGGCAGCAGGAGACACGUACGGAACUGGGGCGGUCUGGACUUCGACAACGUGAAGACGGGAGCCGAGCUGGAGAAAGAGUGGACCAGUCGAAGGCCCGGUCCGAAAGGCUCCGUGGACAUGACCAUGUCCAUGACCGGCCGGGAGAGAGCCGAGUACCUGCGCUGGAAGAAGGAGCGCGAGCAGAUCGACGAGGAGCGGUUAGCUCGCCAUCGUAACGCCACGGGGCAGUGGAGACGAGAGUGGGACGCUCAGAAGACGGACAGCAUGUUCAAAGAGGACCCAUAUGUAGCUGCUGAGGGCGUCGCAUCCGAGCAGGGCGGCAGGAGAGAUGACAGUAAACGGCCUCCGAAAGCGCCGACAUUUGGAGACUUCCUGUCCCAGGGCCGGAGCCAGGGGCCCCGAGGGGACCGGAGCCGAGGGAAGGGCCGAGGACAGAAACAGAGCUACAGCAUGCACGACAACCGCUGGGAGGGCGAGAAGGAAGAGGAGGAGAAGGAGAAGGAGGACAAGACGAAGAGGGAGGAGAAGACGGAGAAGACGGAGAAGACCAAGAAGACGGAGAAGGAGGACGACAAACCCAAACCUGCCUCAGCGCAGAAGGCGGAGGAGAAGAACGGAGACGGAGAGGAGGACGAAGACGAAUGGGAGGACGCCAGCGACGGAGAGGACGACGACGGAGCGCCGGAGGAAGGCAGCGACUCAGAGCACGACUCCAGAGGCGACGAGAAGAAAGACGCCGGCAAAGAGAAGCGAGCGAAGAGCAGGGACGGCUCGGCGACGUCCCCCAAACACCGCUCUCGACCCACGUCGGCGGGGAGCCCCAAGGAGCAGCGGACCCCCCGGCCCAAGGUCCACAUCCCCCCGCCGGCGGCAGCUCAGGACUCGCCGGAGGGAGGGAAGCCGCUCAGCCCCUUCUCCCCGCUGGACGGCCACCAGCCGGUGUCCGACUGGGGCGAGGAGAUGGAGAUGCUGUCGCCCCGCAGCAGCAUGGGAGGAGAGAGUCCGCUGAAGCCCCCCAGCGCCGAGUCCAGCCCCCCGCAGAAGAAGAACCAGGAGGAGGUGGACCAGGCUGGAAGUGGAGCUGCUGAGCCACAGAAGGAGGUGGACGCAGCCACAGACGUUUCCUCUCCUCCAGAAACCCCGCAGACUCAGAUAGAACCAGAACCAGAACCAGAGUCAGUCCCUGCAGAAUCCCCGGCUGCACCGCCGUCUGACCCCGCCCCUGCUGCCGAGGAGAUGGACCAGGACUCACCUGAUGCUCCGUCACCAGCAGAUGAACCCGACAGCCCUCCUUCUCCUCCUCCUCCUGCCGUCCUGGAGGCCGAACAGAGCAGCUCUGAACCAGCAGCAGAGACCGACAACGACGACUCGGCGCCUCCCGGGACCGACGCUGCUCCGACGGCAGAACCGGAGCAGACGUCCUCAGGCUGAAGCUGCAGACUCGCUUCUGAGGAGGACGAAGGAGGACGAAGAGCUUCACUCAUCACUGGAUCACAUAUCUGAAUCAAAAGAAAGAGAAAAUGACUUGAACCUGAGAAGCAGGAGGAGGAGGAGGAGGAGGAACUGUGCAUCGCCUCCAUGGACCAACCUCUUUUUAGCGCGCUGAGCUGUUUGUUUGUUUUCUGUUUGUUUUUUUUUAAAGUCUGACAGUGUUUCACUUCACUGUGUUUAGUCACAAAAAGUCAGAAGUCAGUCAAAGGUUUUCUGCACCGACAGAAUGGACUGAUUUGUUUUUGUUCAUGUGUUGAGGGGCGGGGGGGCAAAAAAAAAUCACUUUUUCGCGCCCUCAGACCCUCACAGAAGUCAGGAAUAAGUCAUUUAAUCCCUCAGAGAUAUUGAAUCAGACUCCGCCUGGCAGCUCCGACCAGCCGACCCGUCUGUGAGUUGAGAGAGAACGGUGAAAUGUUCUGGCAGCUUCAGGAACGCACGUGGCUCAUUUCUGUGCCGGUU